GUGGACCUUUGCGGCACAUGCCCGCAUCCAUCUUAUUGAAAUAUUGUUUCAACCACAGCCAAUUGUUUGAAGCGGACAAGCAAAAUGACUUUGAUGACGUUUAUGAAGAGAGCAGGGCAUUAACAACCAGCAGUAGUUUGGGCCGUUUAGCAACUCUGUGGGGAGGUGAAAGUCCUGGGGAUGAGUUUGUUGUGAUUGACGAAAAAGAAGAACCUAGAACAAGCUUAAAUGACACAAGGUAACUGAUUGUGAAACAAUAGAACCUUUAUAAUAGACAUGCUGUUUAACACUUACGAAAGUUCUAUGAAACCUCUGAAUAAAACUUUCCCUGAUUACAAACCAUAUAGCCAAAGCUUGUUGGUUUCCAUGACCAGACAAAUAACAACUUUGUUAAAUUUAUGUCAUUUGAUCGUAUUUGACAGCGAAAGAAAGAUUUCAGAAACAGUUGAAGAAGGGAUUGAAGUUCUUUUUGAAAAUUUACAUAUUGAAGAUCAGAAACAAGAUCCUGUUGAACAGAAAGGUACUGUAAUGGCUGUUUUUGUUGUUGGUGCUGUGGUUUUUCUGUUUUUGUCUUAUCUUUUAAUUCCAUGAAAUUAUUUGUUUUGCAUGAACAGAAGUUGCAACAGAAAAGGAGUCGUCUGGAGGAAAUGCCAGAAACACUCGUGAACAUUGUGACGAAGGUACUCACAGCAAUUUUCAGUAUGGUAAUUUUUUAAACAUAUUAAGAAACAUAUGUGACUAUUGUUGUGUUUGUAUCUUGACUAGAUGUCAAUCACCCAGAUUGGAUCAAACAUAAGAAACAUAUCUUUGUUCUGAGCAGCGCUGGAAAACCAAUUUAUUCUAGGUACAUUUAAGACUUUAAGUCAUCUAAUGCAUGUGUGUCCUGUUACGAUCCAUUAAAUGCUUGUUCAUUUUUUUGUUUUGAUUCAGAUAUGGCAAUGAAGACAAGCUAUCGACUCUCACAGGAGUGAUGCAGGCAUUAGUCUCUUUUGUUGAGGAUGACAAGAACCAUUUAAGGUUAGUUGACAAGCUAAUUAUUAUGCAUAGAGAUGUACAUUUUGUGAGAGUGCUUGUAAGUAAAGUUGUAAAUUAGCAAUAAUAUUCAUUUGAAAAUUGUGUUUUUGUGUAGGGCAAUUGUUGCUGGAGAUCAUAAGUUUGUAUUUCUUGUGAAAGGGCAUCUGAUAUUGGUCGCAAUCUCGUAUGCCAAAGAAUCGGAAGCACAGGUAAUCCUGGUAAUCCUGUCUGCACUUCAUAUUAAUACUGGCCGACCAAUAAAGGAUUUGGCAAACCUUAAAUAAAAUGUAUUCAAUACUAAUUUGGUUUAGGCUUCCUUCUGUAUAGUAACACUGGACCAAUAAAGGUGCUAGAAAGAAGAGUAUAGAACUGACAAACCCUUCCAAAUAAAGCUAGUUUAGUUUAGGUUUCCUUCUGUAGCAAACACUGGAGCAAUAAUAGUAUGCUUUACUUGCCCACUAGGGAGAUCGUUUUAUAAACUAAUACCACAAUAGAACUGUCCUUUAUAAAUAAUGUUAGUGUAGUUGAACUGAUGUCUGAAUUCUCAAACUUUAAUCCUCAAUCAUUUCAUUUUUAUGUGUUAGAUGGCUGUGCAGCUGACACAUGUGUACAAUCAAAUCCUAAGCGUGCUGACACUCAGACAGUUAGAACGAAUAAUGAAUCAAAGAGGAAAUUAUGAUUUAAGACGAUUAUUGGGAGGUGUGUACACGUUAGGCAUUGUACACUAUCAACUAUUUUAGCUUUAAAUAUUGACCUCUCUAAUAUAGACACCCCUCUAAUACUGUCAUCUCUCUAAUACAGAUGCCUCUCUAAUACAGACGCCUCUCUAAUACAGAUGCCUCUCUAAUACAGACAUCUCUCUAAUACAGACACCUCUCUAAUACAGAUGCCUCUCUAAUACAGACAUCUCUCUAAUACAGAUGCCUCUCUAAUACAGACACCUCUCUAAUACAGACAUCUCUCUAAUACAGACAUCUCUCUAAUACAGAUGCCUCUCUAAUACAGACACCUCUCUAAUACAGACACCUCUCUAAUACAGACAUCUCUCUAAUACAGAUGCCUCUCUAAUACAGACAUCUCUCUAAUACAGACACCUCUCUAAUACAGACAUCGGACAGUUUCCAAUGUUAGACAUAAAAUCUUUCCUUCUCAAACAAACCCUAUAAACGAACACCUGACACCUCUAAGAUAUAACCCGUAAGAGCCUUUACUAGAACAAUUUGACAAUAUUUAUUUUGUUUUUAGGGACGGAAAAAUUUAUAGAUAGUUUAUUAAAUCUAAUGGAUCAUGAACCUAGUGUUUUGUUAGGAGCGGUGAGUAUGCAAAAUGUCCACACAGAUUCAGACUAGUACCAUCAUAUAGUAUCAUUUGCCUAGAUCAACAUUUCAUUUCUUAUAGGUACGAUGUCUCCCUUUGAAGAGUUCAAUAAGAGAUAUAAUAGGGCAAAGCUUUGUACAAGCUAAAGUUCAGGUUAGAUAACCUUUAGUAUAUAUGAAAGCCCUGAUUGAUACAACUACCUGAAAAAUACAAGGAGAACUUCGACAUGACCGCGUAGCUCAGUUGGUCGAACCGACCUGACCGCGUAGCUCAGUUGGCAGAGCAUUGGGCUAGUAUUCCAAAGGUCGUAGGUUCGAAUCCCACCGUGGCCAGGCAUAUUUUUCAAGCCUGCCUGGUGUGGAUACACACUCAGAGUAACAUCACAAGCACCUUAUUCACCUGAGUACACUACACCAACACAGAAAGUAUCAUCCUUCAUCGGGUUCGCUACGAACUUUCCCAACGAAGGGCCUUCGCUCAAAAUGCAUUCCUAUCCAUCCGAAGCUUUCUUAUAUAUUGCCACUGCCUACACUAACUGGCACAAACCGUUCAUAUAUGGAUAAUUAGCCAUUCCAAAGUUGAUGAGAGGACUGGGAACGAGUGUUAAUAAGUGCCCAAAUUAAGAAAUGAACCAAAUCACUACAAAGACCACCUUAAAAUUAGUAAAUAUACAAAGUUUGAAGACGUUUACAUGAAUUCCAUUCGAAUAAUAAGCUUUCGAAAAUAUUUACUGUGAAAUGUACUGUAAUUUUUGUUUUGGGGAACGCAUUAAUCAGUAAUUUCACGAUUUUCGAAAGAUUAUUCGAAGAGUAUUCAUGUAAACGUCUUCAAACUUUGUAUACUUACUAAUUUUAAGGUGGUCUUUUUAGUGAUUUGGUUCAUUUCUUAAUUUGGGCACUUUUAACACUCGUCUCCAGUCCACUCAUCAACUUCAGAAUGGCUAAUGGACAUAGCUGCCAUUUGUAAUAUUUGAUUCUUUUGUCUUCUUAGGAACUAGUGUUUGCUGUGUUAAUAGCAAAAAAUCAAUUAAUCACGUUAGUUCGUCCAAAAAGUUAUAGUUUACAUCCAGGAGGUGAGAAUCGUGAAUUAAACUGUUCUAAGUAAGGGGCAUGAUAAGUUUAUUGGAUGGACAUGCAUUAAUUAUUAUGACACGGAAUCAUUUUAGAUUUACAUCUAAUAUUAAAUUUGGUAAAUGGUUCGACAUCAUUCCAAACCGCGGAGUCCUGGACACCAAUAUGUCUGCCAAGAUUUGACAAUAGGUAAGAUGUGUAAGCCUAGUAUAUGAAUAUAAAAUUGUCAUUUGGUGGCGCCAUCCUUAAUUUAUGGUGAAAAGAACUGUACAGCAUGACUUUCGACUUAACUUGGUCACAGACAAAAUGACUGGUGACUUGACUUGCUACUGGUGUGAAUAACUUGGAUUCGGACCAACUGACUUCACUAAUUGGACUUGCAAACUAAGACUUGUUAACAACUCUGGCAUGCAUAAACUUGGACAAACUCGGACACAGCUAACCGUAUGAAUUCCUGUUUGAAUGGCUAAUUGUAUAUGUUUGUGAUCGUAUAUAGUGGCUACCUAUAUGCUCACGUCUCGUACCUCAGUGAUGACUGCCCAGCAUGUUUACUGCUGUUGACCACAGUCAGCGAUGCUUUCUUCAUUCUCUCAGAAUGUAGAUACAAAGUUUUAGAGGUAAGAAACAAUCAGAAAAGAUAUUUUGAAUGCUAUAUACCGCAACACUUACUGAAUCCUCAAUGAUCUAAUCCUGCUCUAAACCCAUGCAUUGUGAUUGAUUUUCUUGCAGAAAUUAAAGAAAUACAAAUGUUUUCAAGCCAUCAAUGAAGCUUUAGGAAAUGAAAGUUAUAGAAUAGGUAAGCAGACAUGGAACAACGUACAAUACUUUAUAGACCUUUUUAGACAAACACGCUUUGCUUUGUACAAUUAGGUGAUGUUGGAAUUCCUAAUUUGUUACAUUUUGUGUACAAAUCUCGAAGUACGUCACAAUAUACGUCGCCAGAACUGGAGGCACCUUAUAACAAUCCAGAAGAGGAGGAAAGGUCAGUGGGUCAUCCAUCUUUUUGCACUUUUGAUAUUUUAGUCAUUUGUACGUUUUAUGCGUGACCUUUUCAUUUUAUUAUUGAUUUUGUUAUUAUUAUUUCAGGUUAUUUGAUCUCUAUCUAUAUUUACACCAUCACAUUCAUUCGUCUGGUCAACCUUUAAAAAUUCUCUGUCAUGUUGGAUCUAAAGAGAUGCUCUUGGGAUGGGUAAGGACGCUAUGUGUUAAUGCUAUACACAUGAGUUCUGUACAAGAUCACUUUAGGGUAGCUCACAUUCAAGAACAUGUACUACCUCUGCAUGAUCUAACCAUGCUUAACUCAGCAGUGAGUUCUGUACAACAUCAGAUCACUUUAAGGUAGCUCACAUUCAAGUUUCCCAAUGGAAGCGUAUAGUAGCAUUUUUCUUGGUUCUAAAUAAUGGAAAAUAUUCCUUUCUUACUGCAGGUGACCUCUGGAUUUGAACUAUAUGCGACAUUUAACCCGCUUGUGACGAAACCAAUAGCAAUAAACGCUAUCAAUAGACUUCUUAAAUGGAUAACGGUAAGACAUUUAUCUCGCAUUGCUUAGUUUACUAGGCUCAAGCUAUAGUUUCUUAGUUACAAAUGUAUUCUGUUAGUUGGACUAAGCUACUUUCUUUCUUCAAAGAGAGCAAAUUUCUAAUGGCAACCUUUUUGCUUCUUUGCAGAACGAAGAGGACCGUCUAUUUAUUCUAAAUUCUCCAGUCUUCUAGUUCUUAAAUAAUUCCUGUGUAAAUAAACACGUAGAUGUACUAUAUCUCAUGUACAUUUUAAUACUUCCAAUUGUAGAAUUAUACAAUAUACAAACUUGUAUAUACAUGCUAAUGGCAAGACAUUAUUUUGUCAAACUAUCAUUUACUGUCGAUGCAAUAGAAGUGUUGAUAAAAUAUUGCACCAAUUCCGUUCCUCAAGUUGAUCAAUUCAUUUGAUGGAAAAUUGAUCAACUUCCUGUUAGUCUAGAUGAGCCAAUUAGAUUUCGUUACAGAACCGAUAGACCAAUAGGAAACGUACAGGAAGUAAAAAGAAAUUUGAAUUCGUAUGAAUUGAUCAACUUGAGGAAAUGAAUUGAUGCAAUAUUUUAUCAACACUUCUAUUGCAUCGACAGUAAUACGUAAAAGUAUGUCACUUUGGCUAUGGAGCCUCGUUUUCGUGCAACGUCUCAAACACGAAAACGAGGCUCUAAAGCCAAGGUGAUGCAAACUUUAUUCAUCCUAAAUAGCUAUCCCUAAAGGUUCGGUGAGGAUAAUCCCUACAUAUACUUGCGCUAUGUCGGCAGGUUAUUUAGCAGUUCAACCAAAUAAUUCACAAAAAAUGUAUGCAUCAACAGCUGUAAACAAUGAUAGCGCAGGCUUUAUCGGUCCAGUGUUGUUAUUACAGCAGGAAAUGGAGUACCUGCAGAGUGGUAGUGGUAGAGUCAAACUGCAAAUAUUAGAGAGGUUCAGAUUUGACUUCCACUACCACUACCUCUCACUGGCUUAGUACGCGUCUGAUUGGUUAAUCGGGUACAUUAAACGCAUCUGAUUGGUUAAUCGGGUACAUUAAACACAUCUGAUUGGUUAAUCGGGUACAUUAAACGCAUCUGAUUGGUUAAUGGCCCCUUUGUGGUAGCGGUAGUGGAAGUCGUAUCUAAAGCUCUCUAAUCCUUUCUCGAGACUAAGGCAUUGGUGGUGGCUUCUUUGGAUAAGACAGUAAGUAUCAAUUGUAUUUUAAACGUUCAUUUUCAUUAGGCGAAAUAGUUCGGAGCAGAUUGGAAGACGCAGAAUACAUCUCGUGUUGGAAAAUGGUAAGUAAAGUUUUUUAUUGAGCAUUAGUAAUUUGUUUGGUAUUUAUAUAAUCCUUUCCUUGUAUUAUGCAGCAGCGAUACUCGAAUGCGUCAUACCGUCGCGAAAUACGAAAAACAAACCAGCACGUUUCUGCAUUCUUUACAAUUGACUAAUUCAAUUCGCAUGCCUAGUCACCUCUGUUCUGAUAAUGUAAACAUAGAAUGGAACAAAGAUAACCAAGCAUUUAAAUUAUAUUUGUGAGGAAACGGACAUUAACAUGCAUUCGCUGAUUAGAAUGAACUAAAGGUAGCCAAGGAUUUAAAUGACCUGGGAGUGACUUGAAUGACAAACGGACAUGCUUCCGAAAUUCGCUUACUAUAACACCUCAUUUACCAGUGUUUGAUGGCUAAUCUACACAAAUUUACAUGUUUGAAAAUGGAUAUUUUUUGCGCUUAAAAUAUUUUUUCCAUAUUACCAAAUACCAUCAUUACUUUGUUUAAUAGCACUGCGAUUCUCUCUUCGCUUGCGGGUCACUACACCCGCCUCACCACGUUUCGUCCUUCGUGCCUUCUGUUGUUUCUUAGCCAAUGACUGCUUCACUUUCUUUCUUAUUACUUCCGGUUCCAUAGUGUUGGCCCCAGUUUCCUGGUGGUGAUGUUUCUCCUCCGAGGUCUGGGGGUCUGGGUUCUCGUCUCUGUAAGGUUGGUACGUCUGAUUCUGUUGGCUCAGGUCUUCUAAAUCUGAUUCUUCGCUUGCUGUGUCCGAAUUCUCACCU